UUUAUUCAAUGGGGGAAUGGAUCAGACAAUCUGAAUCAGGUAAGUUGUCAUCUUCAAAGGCAGCUACUUACUUGAGGAAUUGCAUAUUUAAAGAGGUUACUUGAGAUGUGAAGCUGAAUUGAACAAGGUAAAGCGACUUGAGGCUUGUAAUUAGUUAUGGGGUCACUAGUACUACAACAAAAAACACCCAUACCCAUAACCCAUCUACCUUCUCUCUCACCAACUACCCCCAUUGUUUUCUCCUCCCACUUCACAAGCACUAAAAUACAUAUAUACACAUACAUACUGGACAGAACAUAAACAAAUAAAAGAUUGCAUGGAAACAAACCACCAACUAAAGAGCAGUUAUAACUAAUAACAAUAAACAAUAAACAAUUCAUUCUCAAUUUUUUAAAAAUAAUUUGAUUUUUCUAGAAUGCUUAGAGGGUGAUUGUAAGGUCACCUUCAGUUUCUUCAUCCCACAUUGCUUCAGUUUUCUGCUUGCUUAUUCAACACAAUCUUUAAAUCAUACCCUCUCCAAUAUUCUCAAAACAGAAAACAGAGAAACAGAGAUAUAGAAGAGAGAGAGAGACUCACCUUCCAUUGUAACACAAGCCACACUCUGAUCAAAGUAUCUCUCUCUUUCUCUGUUUUGAUCUCUCAAUCCAGUUGAGAUGAAGAACAUCAGCAACACAAAGCUGAUCCUUCUCCACCCCUAUAUCCAGAAACAAGGAACAUCCAACCGCCUCUGGCUUCUAGCCUUCAUGUCCAUCUUCACACUCGCCUUCCUUCUCACAAUCAUUUACACAGGCGGCUUGUACGCAUACUCAUCAACCACAACAACCACCAUCUCCGCCGCCACAAUAACCACCACAACAACCUCUUCCACCGCCGUCCCCCAGCUCCCCACCACCGUCAUCAACACCCUCCUCUACUACGCCGCCAAAUCCAACGACACAUUCAAAAUGUCGUACGCCGACAUCAAGCCCAUCUCGGACGCCCUCCGGAAAUGCUCAACCCCCUGCAACUUCCUCAUCUUUGGCCUCACCCACGAGACCCUCCUCUGGAAGGCCCUCAACAACAACGGCCGCACCGUCUUCAUCGACGAAAACCGCUACUUCGCCGCCUACAUGGAGGAGAAGCACCCGGAAAUCGAUGCGUACGACGUGCAGUACACAACAAAAUCGAAAGAGCUCAAGGAGCUGGUGGCGGUGGCAAAAGAGCAAAUACGGAACGAGUGCAGGCCGGUGCAGAACCUGCUGUUCUCGGAGUGCAAGCUCGGGAUCAACGACCUGCCGAACCACGUGUACGAGGUUGAUUGGGACGUCAUCCUGGUGGACGGGCCACGUGGAGACUGGCCGGACGCGCCCGGGCGGGUGAUGCCGAUAUUCACGUCGGGGGUGCUGGCGAGGAGCAAAAAGGGCGGGAACGGGAAGACGCACGUGUUCGUGCAUGAUUUUGGCGGGGAGGUGCAGAGGGUUUGCGGGGAGGAGUUUUUGUGCAGGGAGAAUUUGGUGGAGGCGAGUGAGACGCUGGGGCAUUAUGUGGUCGAGAGGAUGGAGGAGAGUAGCUUCCAGUUCUGUCGCAGCCGUCCAUCGUCAAAUUCUUCAUUAUCAGCAGCAUCUUAGUGGUGGCUGUGGGUGGUGUUUGGAAUUCAUAGUAAUAAUCGUUUAACGUCAUCAUGGUGAAAGAUUCAUCAGAGUGUUAUUGGGAUAUGGCAUGAAGGAGGUAAACCUGGGUUGGGUUUGGGUGUA